CGGCGUUGCAGGGACAGUGGCAGUCUUGUCUCUACUAGCUCAGAGGGGCUUGUUCUGACACACCACUGAAUGAGACAAAAGCCUGAAGGGUUCAAAGGGGCAAAAGCAGACUGCCCCGGUUACAUUACAGCAUGUGGAGCUCAGCUCGCUGGAUCUGAUGUGCAUUAAAUACCGUGCUACAGGGGUGGGGUGGAUGGAGAUAAGUUUUAAUGCUGAAAUAUGAGCAAUCGGAACUAAGGCGGAUAAAUACAGCAAGCCAAGGGGGAUUGUCUGUACGUGUGGAAAGGAGUUUUAAAAAAAUCAGUUGCACGGACGCAACACUGGCGAUUGGGAUAAAAACGUUGCACGCGCUGCGCCGGAGACUCGUGCUUGCUCCUCGUGGAUACUUGAGUUUGCACUCGAAGUUGUAAGAAUAUUUGUGGAAUACACGCCGGACAGACUAAGUGAAGGACAAAAUGAGAGCGUUGCAUGUGCACCACAAAUCCUGGACUCUGUGGACUGUGUUCAUGGUGUGUGUAAUGAGUGGAGUUCAUUCACAAGAAAGACAAGGAUACCUGAUUGCUGCACCAUCUGUCUUCCGUGCCGGUGUGGAGGAGGCCGUGAGUGUGACCAUCUUCAAUGCAGUAGAGGACACACGAGUACAACUGCAGCUCAGCGUCAAGGGCGAGAUUGUGGCUCAUAGUCAUGGCACUGUUCGAGAUAAAGGCACCAUCAAAAUAAAGGUGCCGUCAGAUCUCAGAGGCCAGGCACAUUUGAAGGUUUGGGGGAACCGCCAGCUCAAUGAGGGUGGCUUCAUCUUCCACAACCACACCACUGUGACGGUGGACAGCAAAGGCACAACUGUUUUCAUCCAGACCGACAAGCCAGUCUAUAAACCCCGGCAGAAAGUUCUUAUAAAUGUAUAUGCUGUCACACCAGACCUAAGGCCAACCAGUGAAAAGAUUGAGGCUUACAUAGUGGACCCCAGAGGAUCCCGCAUAAUCCAUUGGAAAGCUCUGAAGUCUGUAUGUUGUGGAAUUGUCAAUAUGAGCUUUCCACUAUCAGACCAACCAGUCUUUGGCGAAUGGCUAGUCUUCGUGGAGAUGCAAGGCCACACAUACAACAAGUCGUUUGAAGUGCAGAAGUAUGUCAUGCCCAGGUUUGAGCUCAUCAUUGAGCCCCCUCCCUACAUUCGAGACCUCAAUUCAUGUGAACAGGUCACAGUCAAGGCAAGGUACACCUUUGGAAAGCCAGUGUCGGGCAAAUUAACAGUUAAUAUGACAGUCAAUGGCAUAGGCUACUACAGACAUGAAGUUGGCCACUCAGUGGUGAAAUCAAUGGAGAUUAAAGGAUCAGCCACUUUCAGGCUCUGCGUGAAGGACAUGAUGCCCCUAGAGGUUACAGACCAUUUCCGAGGUGCAGUGAACAUGUGGGUGACAGUGAGCAGCGUGGAUGGCGGACAGCAGACCAUGUUUGAUGAUUCAACUCAUGCCAUGAGUGGAAAAGUCUUGUAUUGGAGAAGUAAGUGA